GCGCAAGCGCAAUCGUUGCCGCCAACCAAUUCCGGCCAUCGGAUUCACCUCAAAUCUCAGCUUCAUCUGUGAUUACAGUCAGUGUGUUUCAAGACGCGCAUUGUGAGACUUUAUGAAAUUCGAGACGGUUCUAAAAGAACUUAACACGAUGAGACCUUAUAUUUUUUUAUACCUAUUUACAGCUUUUAUAGUUGCAAGCACUUCUGGCUCUGCUAUACCAAUGUGGGAAUUUCUUAGUCGUGGAGAAAAGAUGAGUCACUUAUUCAACAUGUUUGUAAAGCAAGUAGCAGAUUUUUGUGAUUCGUCUACAAUGCCAGAUUGUACUAAAGUAUUACUAAUGUAUGGAUUAACUAACUUGGCGAAAAUGGGAGAUGACAGUUUAGACAAAAUGGACCCAUAUCAAAGAGGUUCUACUUCAAUGAUUUGGGACUCUAUGAUGAAAGGAGGUUAUAGGCCAUCAGAAACAACUGGCAACAGUCAUGUAAAUGAGAAUACUGAUCCAUUAGAAACAAGUGGUGGGAAUGAUUUGGGAUCAGCAUCAAAUAAUGUUGAAGAUAUAGCUUCACCACCAGGUGGUUACGUUAUUGGACCAAUGGUUGUUAGGGUCAUGCCUGAUGGUCGUCCAGUACCUGGUGAUUCCCAAAAACCAUUACCUAAAGAUGAAGACGCAGAAGAAUAUAUGGCAAUGCGUUCAAAACCUAUGCCAUCUGUGAUUGAUAUGCUAAAUCAACAAAAACGUCAUGAUAAAUCUAUUUUAAGACCUUAUAGAUUUACAUCUAAAUUAAUAAACUAAUUCUUACUGUAUUUCCUCUCAACAACUUGGUACAGUUUCAGAUUUAAUAUUUAUUUAUUUAUUAUAUUAUUAAAUUAGUAAUCAAGUAAAAUAUUUCUGAAAGUUUUGUAUGGAGAAGUAUUUCAUCUUGUAUAAUUCUUUUUUGACUUUAUUGUUUUUAUUUUUACUAGUUUUUAUUGUAUCAGGGUCCUAAAUAAUUGUAAAAUAGUUCUUUAAUUUAAUUUUGUAGUGAUACUAUUAUUUAUUUAUUUGUGAUAAGUUUUAUUUAUUUGUAAAUAGUACUGUUAGGUACCAUUGUUGUGAUAUUUCUAUUAAAAUUAAUAAUUAAUAUUUGUAUUAAUUAAAUAUUUUGAUACUAAAAAUGUUUAAUUUAUUACUAUGUUUUUAAACUAAAGAAAUCUUGGUCAAUUAAU